UGACUGUGGGGAGCGCAGAGUGCACCGCUACUCGUCAACUCGGAGAUCCAUAUGCUGAUCAGAGCCAGGUUCUGAAGAGCUAUGGGAACUUCACCGAGCGCGUUGCUCGGAGUCUGAAACGAACCAGCAACUCACCGCGUCAGAACGGAACUCCAUAAACAACCCUCCUCUAGCGGUGGUGUAAAAGUUGUCAACUCUGGAAGAGGAAGCCAUGGACCCGAGAGACACAGCCCCGGAUUCAUGGGAGCAGGAGGAGGAUGCCGAGGCCCUAGCUCCCGCAGCGGAGCUCCCAGCCGCCUUCGCUGCCCUCAAUGUGAACGCCAAGCCGUUUGUCCCCAACGUGAACGCUCCAGUGUUUGUACCGAGCUUCCUCCAGUCCAGCAACGCUGAGAUGCCGGGUUCAGACGGUUCCCCCGAGCCAGCUGCCAACAUGGAGGUCUCAGACUCAGCCGCUCCAGUGGAGAAUGGAAACACGGAGGCUGACAUGACAGCAGAGGAGGACACAUGGGAGCAGAAGGAGGAGCCCGGGGGAGGCGAGGGAGGCGGGGGACAGGAAAACCUUGGAACGGAGGAGGGAUGCGAAGAGGGUGGGGCAGCGGGGAAAGAAGAUGAGGAGAUGAUGGAGGAGGAAGAGGAGGAGAUACCCAUCCCUAAGGUGGCCCCGCCGCCGCCUGAUGCACCCAAGAAAGAACACGUGAACGUGGUCUUCAUUGGUCACGUCGAUGCUGGUAAAUCAACCAUUGGAGGACAGAUCAUGUACCUAACUGGAAUGGUGGACAAGCGAACCCUGGAAAAAUAUGAACGAGAAGCGAAAGAAAAGAACAGGGAGACCUGGUAUUUGUCGUGGGCUCUGGACACAAAUCAGGAGGAGCGAGACAAGGGAAAGACGGUGGAGGUCGGAAGAGCUUACUUUGAGACGGAGAAGAAGCAUUUCACCAUCCUGGAUGCUCCUGGACACAAGAGCUUUGUCCCCAACAUGAUCGGUGGCGCGUCGCAGGCUGAUCUAGCUGUUCUGGUCAUUUCUGCAAGGAAAGGUGAGUUUGAGACGGGCUUCGAGAAGGGUGGACAGACGCGGGAGCACGCCAUGCUAGCUAAAACAGCUGGAGUUAAACAUCUAAUUGUUCUGGUCAACAAGAUGGAUGACCCCACUGUGAACUGGAGCCUAGAAAGAUAUGAAGAGUGUAAAGAAAAGCUGGUGCCAUUUCUAAAGAAGGUGGGCUUCAACCCUAAGAAGGACAUCCACUUCAUGCCUUGCUCUGGACUCACAGGUGCCAACCUCAAAGACCCAGUGUCUGAGUGCCCCUGGUACACGGGUUUGCCAUUUAUUUCCCACCUGGACAGUUUGCCAUACUUCAACAGACCCAGCGAUGGACCUGUCAGACUACCAAUUGUGGACAAGUACAAGGAUAUGGGCACGGUCAUCCUUGGGAAGCUGGAGUCCGGCUCCAUCAGUAAAGCUCUGCAGCUGACCAUGAUGCCCAACAGGCACACAGUGGAGGUACUGAGCCUGCUGAGUGACGACGUGGAGACGGACGAUGCCGGGCCCGGGGAGAACCUGAAGCUGCGGCUGAAAGGAAUAGAGGAAGAGGAGAUUCUCCCUGGGUUCAUCCUCUGCAGCCCUGACAACCUGUGCCACUCUGGUCGCACCUUCGAUGCACAGAUUGUCAUCAUUGAGCACAAGUCGAUCAUUUGUCCUGGUUACAACGCGGUCCUUCACAUCCACACCUGCAUCGAAGAAGUUCAGAUCACAGCAUUAAUCUGCCUGGUUGACAAGAAGACGGGAGAGAAAAGCAAGACGCGACCCCGCUUUGUGAAGCAGGACCAGGUCUGCAUCGCCAGGCUCCGGGCAGCAGGGAUCAUCUGCUUAGAGACCUUCAAAGACUUCCCUCAGAUGGGACGAUUCACUCUGAGAGACGAAGGUAAAACUAUCGCCAUAGGCAAAGUGCUGAAGCUGGUUCCAGAAAAGGACUAAAUGAACCAGCGCCGGCAUGCAUGGAGUUCUUUCACCUGUUACCCGGCGGAGAAACUCUGCCAGAGCCGACCCAAACAGCUACUCUCUCUCUUUCUAAACACACCUUUGCUGAAGAUAAGAACGAGGAGGAGGAGAAAAAUCAUGUCACGUGAAGAAAAAGAAAAAAGACUGAAUCAGUUCUUUUAUGAUGAACACUAUAGAAUGAGGAGCCCAAGUCCAGUGUGUCAGCUUUCUCGUGUUGAGAGCUCAGCUAUGCCACUAAUGUAGCUACAUGCCCCCACCCCUUGAUUACUCCCAGGGUCACCUGUGCUGUCGGCUGGACUCCUCGUUGGUUAUAGGAUGGAGGUGGAUGCAGAGGUUGGAGAAGUCCAUAAUGAUCUCUUAUUUCCUGCAAAAACAUCAGAGUUAGCUUGUUAUUACACUCAGAGUGCAUCUCCCUCUUAGGAAUGGGUUUAGGAACCCUGCAGACACUUUGAUUUGAUUUUAGGGAAUGGUGCACCAGAACUUUAGUUUGGUUCUCUCUCUCCAUGUGAGAUGGGUUAUCUGGACUGAGCUCACACACAGUACUACUCUGAUGAUCCCAGGAGGAAAACAUGCUCACAUAAACAGGCGCACAGAGCUGUUACUUUAAUCCAAACUGAAAAUAAAUGAUCAACCUGA